UGAACUAACAGAGAGAGAGUAGUUUUCAGCCUGAAUAGUUUUGGUCAGCUAUCAACUUCCUUGAACACAACAGCCAAUUAACUGUCUUGGAAAGUUACAAAGGUUGGCUCCUUGGUGUAAGUAGAGUUAUAGUUACCCUUGAUCUUGACUAAGAGGGAUCUCUACCUCCUCAUAAGUAUUCGCCAGCAGCCCUUUAGAAUGAACCCUGUGAUCAUAAGUCAGCAACCAGUUGUGGUGGUGACCCAGCCACAGAGUGGAGAGUGGCAGACGGAUUUAUGCGACUGCUGCAGUGACAUCGGAGUCUGCCUCUGUGGACUGUUUUGUUUCACUUGCUUGGGAUGUCAAGUGGCGUCUGACAUGGAUGAAUGCUGUUGCUGCGGCCCAACCAUGGCGAUGAGAUCCGUCUACCGGACUAGAUACAGGAUCCCGGGAUCCCUUCUGGGGGACUUCUUUGCUACCAGCUGUUGCCCUCUUUGUUCCCUCUGUCAGCUCAAGAGAGACAUCAACAGGAGGAAAGACAUGGGAAUGUUCUAAGAAGAUAAGCUUUGAUCAGACAGCCUUGCAUUCUGCAGUGUUAGCACUGAUGCAUCAUCGUAACAAAGAAGCUGAACUCUCUGCUUUGGCCAAUAUGCCAGAAGUAUACUUUCCAAUAACUGAUAUAAAGGAUAUUUUUAACUGGAAAAGAAUGUAUUCUAUGUAAUGUGGAUGCUCUUUGGAAUAUGUGAUUUUAUUAAUGGAAAAUUUUGUUUGGAAAUUAAUAAAAAAGUAACAUUUUUAUUUUUU